GCCACGGGCAGUUGGAUUUGGAGAGCUGGAAGGAGUUUUUUCCUGAGUACGAAGAAUCGGAGCUUGUAUUGGGGGGGGGGUGGGGGAGGUCGCUCUGCAAGGAGAACGGGACGAAGGAAACAUUACCCCCACAUGUAUCCGUGUACGCUUCCAAGCGCCUUGGAAAAGGAUUUUUCAGGCACACUGGAAGAUAGAUUGUGGGGGCUGUUAUUAUUAUUUUCUUAAAGCCCACCCCCUUACGCGUUUGUCGGGGAGGGAGGAGGUGGAUCACGCCGCCGCCAUCUUUGGGAUUCGUUUGCUGGAGAAGCGAGCGCUGUGGCCUGAGUGGUUUCGCUAGGAGGAGUUUACCCAUGUUAGACAUCUGUAUCCCACUGCUUUAUCCGGGGCGAAACCCUCCCAGCUAGGCGCUUAGACGAGAAAAACGACGACGGUUUUAUUUGCCCAGCUGUACUACACCCUGAUUUCCCCGUCACUUUUUGUUGGCUUUUCCCUCCUCCUUCUUGGAUACCUGGUUAACUUUAUAUCGUGUUAAACCUGGCCUCUGGUACGGAUAAGAUGGGAGGACAAAAUUCUUGUUGGAAGCUACGCUGCAAGAGCUGCUGAAGCAAUUUGCUAUCAUUGGGAUCCAUUAGGAGUGAAUGGCAGUGCCCAUGCUGAAUAAGCCUCGCUUCUGCAGAUGAGUCAUUCAUUGGGUUGGCAGCUUAAACGCGCGUCCAGAUAGUUGGUCGGCUCUGCUCUGCUCGGUAAGGAGGAUGCCGUCCACCAACCGAGCAGGGAGCCUCAAGGACCCAGAAAUUGCAGAACUUUUCUUUAAGGAGGAUCCAGAGAAACUUUUCACAGAUCUGAGAGAGAUUGGCCAUGGCAGCUUUGGAGCAGUUUAUUUUGCACGAGAUGUGCGCACAACUGAGGUGGUGGCAAUUAAGAAAAUGUCCUACAGUGGCAAACAGUCUAAUGAGAAAUGGCAAGAUAUAAUCAAGGAAGUAAAGUUUCUGCAAAGAAUAAAGCAUCCUAACAGUAUAGAGUAUAAAGGCUGCUAUUUACGAGAACAUACAGCAUGGCUUGUUAUGGAAUACUGCUUAGGGUCUGCUUCAGACCUCCUCGAAGUUCAUAAAAAGCCUUUGCAAGAAGUUGAAAUUGCAGCAAUUACUCAUGGAGCUUUGCAGGGAUUAGCCUAUCUUCAUUCACAUAACAUGAUCCACAGAGAUAUAAAGGCUGGGAACAUACUGCUGACUGAGCCUGGUCAGGUGAAGCUUGCGGAUUUUGGCUCUGCCUCCAUUGCCUCUCCUGCCAAUUCUUUUGUGGGCACUCCAUAUUGGAUGGCCCCUGAAGUUAUUCUUGCCAUGGAUGAAGGACAAUAUGAUGGAAAGGUUGAUGUGUGGUCUCUUGGAAUUACAUGCAUUGAAUUGGCGGAGCGAAAGCCUCCACUUUUCAAUAUGAAUGCAAUGAGUGCCUUAUAUCAUAUAGCGCAGAAUGAAUCCCCAGCACUGCAAUCUAAUGAAUGGUCAGAUUAUUUUCGAAAUUUUGUUGACUCUUGCCUUCAGAAAAUCCCACAGGACCGACCUACUUCAGAGGAGCUCUUAAAGCAUGCCUUUGUCCAGAGAGAGCGACCAGAAACUGUACUGAUAGACCUUAUCCUGCGCACUAAGGAUGCAGUCCGUGAACUGGAUAACCUUCAGUAUCGCAAAAUGAAAAAGAUUCUCUUCCAGGAGGCACAUAAUGGGCCUGCUGCAGAGGCUCCAGAUGAGGAGGAGGAGCCUGAACACAAUGUGGGACAGACAGGAACAGUUAAUAGCGUAGGAAGCAACCAAUCUAUUCCUAGUAUGUCCAUCAGUGCCAGCAGCCAGAGCAGCAGUGUCAACAGCUUGCCUGAUGCUUCAGAUGACAAAAGUGAACUUGAUAUGAUGGAGGGUGACCACACUGUGAUGUCUAACAGCUCAGUCAUCCACCUGAAACCGGAUGAAGAGAGCUAUCAAGAUGAUACUGAUCCAUGUGGGAGACCAUGUGAACCACAAUCUCCACCUGCACAGACUCCAAGGCACAAAUCUCAUCACAGAAACAGAGAACAUUUUGCUACUAUUCGCACCGCUUCACUGGUCACUCGCCAAAUACAGGAGCAUGAACAGGAUUCUGAGCUGCGAGAGCAGAUGUCUGGAUACAAGCGUAUGAGGAGACAGCACCAAAAACACCUAAUGGCGUUAGAGAACAAACUUAAGGCAGAAAUGGAUGAGCACAGGCUGCGAUUAGACAAGGAGCUUGAGACUCAACGCAACAACUUUGCAGCUGAAAUGGAAAAACUAGUCAAAAAACAUCAAGCAACUAUGGAGAAAGAUGCAAAGACAUUUGCCAAUGAUGAGAAGAAAUUCCAACAGCACAUUCAGGCCCAGCAAAAGAAGGAACUGAACAGUUUUCUGGAGUCACAGAAGAGAGAGUACAAGCUUCGGAAAGAACAGUUGAAAGAGGAGCUAAAUGAGAACCAGAGUACUCCUAAAAAAGAAAAGCAGGAAUGGCUGUCUAAGCAGAAGGAGAAUCUUCAGCACUUCCAGACUGAGGAGCAAGCAAACCUGUUGCGGCGCCAACGGCAGUAUCUAGAACUUGAAAGUCGACGAUUCAAACGACGCAUACUCAUUGCCAGACACAAUGUUGAGCAAGAUCUUGUCAGGGAGGAACUGAACAAGCGGCAGACACAGAAAGAUCUUGAGCAUGCCAUGUUGCUGCGACACCAUGAGUCAAUGCAGGAAUUAGAGUUCAGACACCUGAAUACCAUCCAGAAGAUGCGCUGUGAAUUAAUCCGCUUACAACAUCAAACAGAACUCACUAACCAGUUGGAGUACAAUAAGAGACGAGAGCGAGAGCUACGGCGAAAACAUGCGAUGGAGGUCAGACAGCAACCGAAGAGCCUGAAGUCAAAGGAACUGCAGAUAAAAAAGCAGUUUCAGGACACAUGCAAAAUCCAGACCCGGCAAUACAAGGCUCUUCGUAAUCACCUUCUGGAGACAACUCCUAAAAGUGACCACAAAGCUGUACUGAAGAGGUUGAAGGAGGAGCAGACUCGAAAGUUGGCCAUCCUAGCUGAGCAGUAUGAUCACAGCAUCAAUGAAAUGCUUUCGACACAAGCGCUUCGCUUAGAUGAAGCUCAAGAAGCAGAAUGUCAGGUACUGAAGAUGCAGUUGCAGCAAGAACUUGAGCUGCUGAAUGCUUACCAGAGUAAAAUAAAAAUGCAAACAGAUGCACAGCAUGAGCGAGAGCGCAAGGACCUGGAACAGAGAGUAUCAUUGCGUCGAGCACUGCUCGAACAAAAGAUUGAAGAGGAAAUGUUAUCAUUACAGAAUGAGCGCUCAGAACGGAUACGUAGCCUUCUGGAGCGGCAGGCACGGGAAAUUGAAGCUUUUGAUUCUGAGAGCAUGCGUCUGGGCUUCAGUAAUAUGGUGCUGUCUAACUUGUCCCCUGAAGCCUUCAGCCAUAGUUUCCCAGGGGCCACAAGUAGUUGGUCUCACCACCACCACCACCCGGCCAGCACCCAGGGGCCACCCUGGAGCGGGAGUGGUCACCAUCACCACCCCAUGCAGGGUCAAGGAGGAACGCCCCAGGCCUGGGGACACUCUGUGCAGGGUGGAGGCCCCCAGCCCUGGGGUCACUCUUCUUCAGGGCCUCUAGGGGCUGUACCAAGGGCAGGGAGUGGUAUGGGUGUGCGGAAUAGUCCCCAAGCACUAAGGCGAACUGCCUCUGGGGGGCGCACAGAACAGGGCAUGAGCAGGAGCACAAGCAUCACCUCACAAAUAUCCAAUGGAUCACACCUGUCCUACACGUAAAAUCAUUUCCUAGGUAAAAUGCCAGCAGCCAUCAUUGAAGCUUGGAGUAAGGGGAGAUGAUGUGUAGGGUGGAAAAGGAGCUGGGAAUGGGGCUGCCAUCUUUUUUGAGUAUUUGCUUAGUUUGCACGCAUUUCUAUCUUUAAACUAAUAAGAAGCAUAGCACACUACUCCCAUACUGUAAUAUUAACUUAAAAAUGUUACUUUUCUACAUUUCAUAAAUUACACCCUUUUCACUAAUAAAAGCUCUCAACCUUAACAUGGCUGGUUGAUUUUAAGUGGGAAGGAAAGGGCAGAUAGAUGGCAGAGGACCCAUGUGUACAUACAUCACUACUGUAAUUUAAAGAUAGUAAAUAUUUUUAAUUAUUUUUUUUAGUGCCCUGUGACAUUUUACACAUGCAUUUUACUUACAUAGGUAUUUAAGCACUUUACCCCAUUUUGGCAUCAGAAUAAAGUUGAACUUCUAAUAAGUUUAAAAAAUAGUACGUUUUCACAUAGUGGCAUAAACUCUUUGUGAUUUUCUAUUAUGUUCUGUGACAGAUUCAUGAAAUCGAUAAUAUUUUUCAGUGUCAAUAAUUGCACAGUAUUGCAUUAUUAAUAAUUGUAACAUAUGUGUGCCAAAACAGUUAUUUCAGAUAGCAGAACAUAAUUUAAUGCAGUAUUGGCACCAUUUUUGAGUUUAAACUUGCAUUACUGGAAAAAAAGACCAUUAAACUUAGUUGUGUUUGGUAUUCUUUUGGCAUGUUGGUAUGUUUUUAUCUGGCUGAGGCAUUAUGCAGGUGGCACAAAGGUGUAUGGUUAUACAAUUACUAUCCUUCCAGUAAUAAAGUAUAAGUUUUGUUUUCAAAUGGAGAUGUUUUUUGCUAAAAUCAGUUUGCAUAUGGAAGAACAUUGGUUGUUUAUUUAGUUUUAAGUCAAAAGCCUGUGUUCAUUUAUUACCACUAAGAUAGAAAAUUUGAAUGUCCCUUAUUCUGUAUUUUAAAUGCUAGAUCAUUAACUGGAAGUCUUUGCUAUAUCUAAAGUUAAUUUUGCUAUGUUAUUUCAUCUCCCUCUUUUUAACCACUUUAAGUUCAUGACAUAACUAGUCCUGUAUAUUAAAUAAGGAUUUGCUGUUUUUACCUAUAAAGAAAGUGAGCAUUAUGAAGGUUAGAAAAUAAACCGUUGCAUGCCAUUAGUGUAAUUUCUUUUCAUCAUCUUAGUGUAAUUCUGGAUGGCUUUGUUAGCAAAGUCAGAUCACCUUUUUCCUUAGAAAAUUUUUAUUGUUGCUGAUAAUUAUGCAGAAAGGCUUUCUAAAUACUGUACAUUAUCACAGUCUUCUGACAUUUUUCAGAAACAUUGUGCCCUUUAUUAUUGAUGUUAUCACUGAUAACAUUUUAACAGCUGCAACAUCCAUGGUUUUUGAACAAUCUUAAAGAGGCUUAGUAAUAAUUUCAUAUGAUUGGCUAGUCAGAAUACUUUUAAGUGACUGAUAUACUGUUAUUUUAAUGUAUAUUAAUAUCAGUAGUCAAUUUGGAUAAAGAUGCUAACUUUAUUGUAUUUACAGUGGGGAACCACCCCCAUAACAAUAUUGUACUUAUUUAUUUCCCCAAAACCUUCAUUAUUUUUUUUGAAAGGAUGUGGUUCUUGAAAAAAUAUUUAUUAUACAUUAGGAAAUUAAGAAGUUUUGUUGCAUUUUACUUAUAGUCCCACAAACACAUAAAAUAUAAUGUAAAGAGGGGCUUUCAUUUUUAACCCUUUUCUAAGGAAAUAUAUUUUUUAUAUAGGAGUUUAUUUUAAUUCAGUUAUAAAGACAUUGUUCUUUUCACUUCAGACAUAGUUCCAAGACUUUUUUUCCUAUUCAUCUGCCCAUAACACUUUGCAAAGUAUUGUGACAGUUUGUGGAGUUUAAUUUUGUCCGUGCAAGUGUAUGUCAGGUACUGUAGAAUUACAUAAAAAUAAAGUUUGGAAUAUAUUGGAUUUCCUGGAAACAUAACGCUCAAGUAAAACAGAUGACAGUUGCUGUUUUUAGUUAUUUAAGCUGAAGUGGGGCUAAAACAACUGCCAUACCCUAGUUGUCCUUUAGUGUCAUCAUUUAUUUAAGUUAAACAAGUUUUUUCCUUUAAUAUUCCAGGCAUAUACUUUAAAAUCUGCAUGCUGGAAUGCACCUUGGCUGAUGACACCAGAGUUCAUUAAAUGAGACCCAUAGGAAUGUUUGUUCGUUGAUGCCCAGGAUGUUAGUUUGUAACUGAUAUUUUGAAGAGCUUAAUGGAUUGGGUUAGGAUAAUGAUGCUUUGAAUGAAUGGGAAAUAAGAAGAAAGUAACUGAUUGCAUCAAGCCAGAAGUUUAGUUUUUUAGUACUGUGAUUCCAUAGGAAAUAGUACAUUUGGCAUUGGUUGUAUGUUUGGCAUACAUAUACUAUGUUACAGAGAAAAUCUGCAUUUUAUAAGUUUUGUUAACCAUAAUGCAUUACCUAAAAAUUUUUAGAAUGUAUGUUUAAAUGUAUGAGUUCAGUGGUCCAAAUCAGUGCAGUAUUGUUUGUAAAUUUCAUUUUGAUAGAAGAAAAUAUAAUUUAAAAUUUUAGCUUUCCUUGUUUUGUCAUUAGCAGUUUAAUUGAUUUUGCUGAAAUUCCCAAGGACUUGUUGUUUUCCAUUAACCAGGAAGGUCAUUGAUAAUUUUCUUUAAAUUUAAUAUUUUUUCCUUAAACAUUUUCUGUUGCCUUUUGCAGGCUAUAUCUAUAAUGAACUCUUUAACUUAAUUAGUUUUAAUGUAGGCUGAUACAAACAUAUCGGAUGUGGCUGUGAAUUAUUUUUAAGUUUUUGUCUUGUCAUUGUGAUCAAAGAUAUUAAAAAGAGUUUAUUUAUUCAAGUCAUUUGUAUUUAAGAAACUAAGGCCCAAUAACUUCAGAGCAAAAGUGUUUAUUACCUCAUAUUUCACAUUCUAGGAUUUUCAAAGUUUUGUUUUUGCUUUCCCAUAUUAAUUUCAUAAUCACUACUUGUCUGUCAUUUUUCUAACUUGUUCUUGUAAUCAGCUAGUGAAUACUUUCCAUUUUAUUAAAUCCAUUUUGGUUUUACAUUACUGAGAGAAUUUUAUGUCUACUUACUCUAUAGCACUGCUUAAAAAUCAAGCCUGUAUUUCCUUAAGUUUCUUUUAAUAAUUGUUUUACAGCUUGCCUUUCAUUUUUCUAGUCAUAUUAAGGACAAAAAUUUGUCUCUGCGGGAUCAGUAAAAAGUGAACAGUUUAUAUAACCCCAGUUUUUUUCAAGUAUAUGUGCAAAAUUCGGUAAAAGACUGUCAUACAGAAUUGUUUAUUUUUAAUGCAGGCAUUGUAAAAUUUGAUAUUAGGCAAAUUUUUACUGAAAUUAUGCUUUCUGAACCUCACAUCAAUACUUAAAUGGUAUGAGUAUUUUUUUACCGCUUUUUUAAUGUGCUGAGAUUUAUUCAGAGUGACAAUUAAGAUGUGUAAUUGUAAAUAUGUAUAAAAGACCGUAGUUCAUUUAGCUAGCCACAUCUUCAGAAUCUCCUAAAAUAUUAGUGGCAUUGAACCUAAUAUUUGGGUCUUGAUGGGUGCUAACUCAUGUUGGUCUUAUUUUAGCCAAUGGUAAGAUAAUUUUUCUAAAUGCUUAAGGCAGUCCUUAGGAGCAGCUUAGUUAUUUUAUGGGAUCAAUCACAUAUUUUUAGCUGACAUAAUGUACCACAAUUUAUCCUUUUAAAAUUUUGGCUCCCAGAGUAGUGCACCUAGCUUGUUAGAAAAUUUUGGCUUAUUGCACUUGUCUUUGUUUUGUGUUUUUUCAAAAAAUAAGUUGCAGUUGGAAAUUAUCCCUUAAAGACAUCUGUAAAGGUCUGUUUUAAAGAUCUCUAUGAUGUCUGUUUUUUUAUGUUUGAUCCUGUAGUCCUCCCAUCUGACAUUUUUAUUUUCUGAAUUUGAUUUUUCUCAGCAUUGGUAUGUUUCAUUCAAGUUGUUUCAAAGCUUGUCAUGUCAAGAUUUUUCUCCCCUAUAUGUUUGGUAUUGAGGGUAAGUAGUUCAAACUUUCUAACAGUUCAGACCCUCCCCUUUUUUAAAAAAAAUAUUUUUACAUUUUUCAGUUGCACUUUUAUCUUUUUUUUUUUUUUCAUACCUUGCCAUUGGAUUGUUUUGUCUGCUUUCCACCACAUAUUUUACAUUGGUAUAGUGGCAUACUGAGCUAUUGAAUGAUUUUCCAAUGUACUUUUCAUAUCACCAUACAUUAUUUUACAUUACAUUUUCUUUACCUCAAGUUUUUUGUAUUCUUCAUUGACAUGCUCAUUAUUUUGUUAAGCUGUAAUUAUAUAAAUAAAGUAUGUAUUUUUUUAAACCAUAGAUUAAAUUUAAAAUUUUAAUGAAUCAACAUUAAAACAAAUACGAACUUUGCUAAUUCUUUGCAGUAGAUGUAAGCUGGUAGCUAGAAUUUAUGAGGGGAAAAAAGAUUAUAUAAAUGGAACAAGGUUUGUAACAAGUGUAGUAGUACUACCACAGGUGUCUCACGGUUGAACUAUUGAAGAAAAAUGAAAAGCGAACACUUGAUACCUGUGUAGUGAUGUGAGAUGGCAUGAAGUUCCUGAUCUUAAGCACAAUUCUUCUAAAACUCAAUUACAGUUAACAAAUGCCUGCAACAGUUACUUAAUAGUGAGAACUCUAAUAGCAUAUUAUUAUCACCAGUAAAUAUUUCUCAGAGCACUGGUACUAUAAAUCAUAUAGUGCUGACCAAAUUAGGCUAACAUUUAAAAAGUUACAUUUUUAAGUAGAUAUUAAAUUUGCUUAUAUGUUAUUCUUUUCCUGCUCAGCCAUGAACAUGCACUUUCUGGAAGAAAGUGUGCUACGUUUUUGGCAUUUUGACACUUAAAGGAGUAUGUACAAAAGGCUUACAGUGUUUUACUUAAUAGUGAAGCAAAACAAGUCUGUGGUUGUGUCAACUUGAAUUGCCAGUUUGAAAUCUUAUGCCAAAAAGGAAGGAAAAAAACAAAAGUCUUAAUAAAAAAAAAAAAAAAAAAAAGAUGACAUCCUUUGCCAUAUAUAGGAGAUGAAGGUAACUAAAACAGAUGAAUGUGCACACCCUGUUGUCAUGCUGAUGCCAAAAAUACAGUAUAAAGUUUAAAAUGUAAGUCUGUCAUUUUUAUUUUUGACAUUCAUUUUUUUCAUUAAACACAAAACUCCUUAUAACUCUUUACUUUAAACUGACUUUACUGUGUACUAUUGUAUUGUAAGUUAUUUUUUAUUUGCUAAUUGUGAACAUGCUUGCAAGCUAGACAGUUGAUGGCAUACAAUGAAGCUCAUGUGUUGUCCCAGGUGUUCUUCAGUGGUGCUUCUUUUGGUGUUCCCAUUCCCAUGUUCAUUUCUCCCCAAUGCCAAAUGUUCAUUGGCACAAACUGUGACUAGAGUGUGCUGUUGGGUUUGCCAGAUGUGUUGCUGUGCCCCUGCUGUGCUCCUGCUAAUUUCUGGCAAAAUAUAUGUAUGUAUAAUGUAUCCUGAAUGCCACAUGUGCACAGAUAAAGAGGGACAUGCAAUUAAAUAUAUAAAAAAGAAAGUUUUGAUGAAUCUUGGGAUAUUUGGGGUGGGUGUAUAGGAAAUGUUUAUAUUGUACAUUUAGAAAUAAAAUAAAUAAUUAAAAUCCAAAUAACUGCUUGUAUUGUGAAGAAAUUAAACAAAAAUACUUUGGUUUCUAACAUUAAAAUUGAAAAGCAUAAUUAUUCUAUAACAUGUAGUCAGUUGCUGGGUUAGGGAAGGAUGUGUGGAGUUGUGCAAUGACAAAAUCAGCCCAAGACAUGCUUGUUAGCAGCUCAUGGUGCAAAUUUUCUACAUCAUUACGUUUUUUGUUUCACAGUUGUUCACUUGCACCAUGCUUUCUUUUUUUCACAUUUAUUGUUCUGGUUGUGUCAUUUUAGUUUUCUUUCCUUCAGUGCUCCCUUUUUUUUUUAUGUAUUUUACUUGUUUUUCACCAAUGUUCAGUAUAAAUACUGUACACCAAAGUCAAAGACUAUUUUGCCAGUAUGUGAUCCAGAAGAAAAAAAUGUAAAAACUGCCUCUUAAUGUGAUUUUGGUGUAUUUUAUUUCAUUUUUAAAAAGGGGAGAAGCAGUCCCCUUGAAAUGUCAAAAGUUGAAGAUGUUAAAAAAAAUUACAUUUCUCAAGUGGUGGCCUGAUACCCAUCAGAAUUGUUUGCCAAAAGGGUGGAUGUUUAUCAUCAUCAACAUUUAGGUACACACUCCUGAAAUUCAGCCUGAUUCUGUACAUGAAUUGACCAUUAAACCUUGAUAAAUAACUGAUAGCUGUUGAUAUAAAUGUAAAAUUUAUCAAACAGAGCAGUGAAGGACUAUCUCAUGUAGAUGGUAUCAAUUAAUCAAUACUUUUAUAUAGCACCUGUCCAUACAAGCACUUUGACAUGUUCCUUCCAUUUCUUUUAUGUACAAUUUAUUUUUGAGAGGUGGAUCUCAUUUGUUUAUUUAGGACUUGGCUUGUAAUAUUAAAUUAGGGCACAAACAUCCGGUGAACAUAGAUGCCAUUAUUAGGUAAUACACCAUUAAAUAACAACACCCUGAUAAGUAAAUCUAAUGAUGCUGUGCAAAACAAUGUGGAAUUUUCAUCCCUACUUUGCAAUUGGGGCAUGGUAAAUAAGCAUGUUUUAUAUAUAUAUAUAUAUAUAUAUAUAUAUAUAUAUAUAUAUAUAUAUAUAUAUAUAUAUAUAUAUAUAAAACAUUUCAAAAUAAACUGAACUAGAGAAACAUAAAUUUCCAUUGGUAAGCAUGACUUAAUCUCUGCCAGUUUUUGAUGCCUUGGGUACUUCAUUCAUUUGGCUAAAUUAAGCAUAUAUAAAGAUGCAGUCUUGCAUUAACAAUUAAUUGCAUUGUUAAACUUUCUGACACCCUUGAAUCUUAUGAAGCUGUCAAAUUGUAGUAUAUGGCCUCUUUAUCCCUUAAAGAUGAGUAAAAUAUGUGCAUUUUUUCAGGGUGGUGAUUAAUACCUGCUUGCUACCCUCAGAGGACCGGUUAUUUAUUUUUAAUCUUAGCUUAUCUUACUAACCUUAUUGGCUAGAACAGUUGUCAGUUCUGAACCUGGCAGUUUUCACUAUAAUGGACAAUACAUCCAGUCUCUUGGGGAAUGAACACCUACAUAUGAAAUACAUCAAGAUAAAUGUGCUAGUUAUACAUUUUGGCAUUUUGCCUGUUAAAUGAUAUAAAGCAAGUAAAGGUCUUAGUGGUUGCUUUUUGUUUUAUGCCAUUUGAUACUUUAUUUGUAAAUAGUGACAAGUUUGGUGGCCAGGUCCUAAGUAUUUUCUUUUUAUUAUCAUUUUGCACAUGCCACUUCUCUCCACGUACUCCUGGACCUGUAUGGCUUUGGGUGCAGCAGCAGAUGUAUAUUUAUUGGCAUGCUUCCAUCCUUGAGCUUUCACUGCCUGGCACACCUGCUGCUCUUAUCGUAAAUACUUAGUGCCAUGAUAGGUUAAAGUACAGAUUUUUUUUUUUAAUAGAACAAUGCCACGUUUUUUAACCACUGUUGUUUGACUGUGAGAAUGUGGUGAUUCAAAGAGCCAAUGUCGAAUAUCGGCUUUCUCCUUAUGAUGCUUAGCACUUGAAUUUCUGAAUGGCCAAGAGACCCCUUUUUUGCUAUCUGCAUCAACAACCACCACCCCACCCAGUGAAAUCUCCAGCUGAUCCAAGAAUUGUCUCUAUAUAGUACAUAUGUCAGUAUUCUGAGAUUCUCCUGGUUUAAAACACAUUGCAAUCCAUAUAUAACAUGUAUUAAUUGUAUAGAUUGUGAAGAUGUAACUGAGUGUCAGGAUGAAAAAAAAAAAACCUUUAGGGUCAUAUGUAAUAUUUUGUUUGUAAUUAUCCUUUGUAUCAUUUACGAAGGGAUAUUGGACAAAAAAAAAAUCAGCUGUAAUAAAGUAAUUUUAGUAAAAAAA